GGUCAGGAAGUUUGGCGCUGACAUGGAGUCAUCUUCACCAGCCGCCCUGCAGCGCCUCGUGUCCUGGAAAGAGAAGAGAGGAUGUGCUGGCAUGGCUUGGUGUGGGUGAGAACCCUGGCGGCAGAGAUCUGUACGUACUGGAGCCUCUCCAGGGUUUUGCUGGGAACCCCGGACCAGGACUCCAUUGCGGUAGUCUAGGCAGGAGGUGAUGAAUGCGUGAAUCAGGGUUUCUGCCACAGAGUCAGAAAGUGAGAAAGAGAAAUGUUCUCAGAUACAUCAGAUUUUUGCAUAAAAACUACAUUGCGUGUGAAGAACAGUGGAAUUUCCCGCAGUCUCGGAACGCCCACGUGCGCUCUGAUUGGCUGACACAACUCUCCUGGUGAACUUUCCUCACUUGCCAUUGGCUGCCGCUGAUGACAGUCACGCUGCUUCCUGCUUCACGGUGCUGUUUGUUGUUAUUGAAGCAUAGCGCCUUUAAAUGUGAAGGGACAUAGCUUGACGUUCAGAGUUGAUGAAGUUGCUUACAUAAUGGACAUAAUUGCUUCGUGAACCCGGCUAUAGAAAAGGCACGCCUAAAAUGUCAGGGGCUCAUGAGCAUACCAGGAAGCGACGCCCCCCAAAAAUGUUCUUGAUCUCGACCGACCUGAAGGUGCAGGACCAGCUGGACGGUCCCAUUCGGCUGCAGCGGGGGUUCAUCUGCCAGGAGCAAGAGGCGGGCAAGAGCAGAGGCGAUAGCUACUGGGUCAAGGUGUUAGACAAUGAGCUGAUGUUGAAAAUAGAGAGGAAGUUUCUGCUGGAAGUCCCGUCCGACCUCAGCGGCCUGUUGGAGGCUGUGCCUGAUCCUUGGGCCAGACUAAAGCUUCUAAACGAUUCGGGGAAGCUGCAGACUUUUGCGUCUUUGCCGGUCGAUUCUCUGCUCUGGGUCCAAGUAGGCCAAGAGGAUGAGCUGGCGGAGGCAGAGCUUAAAUACAUCGGGCCGCGCACCAGAGCGAGCAGCGCUGUGUAUUUUGGGGUACAGCUCAAGGGCUCAGCCGCCGGUAAAGGAACGAGCAACGGCUCCUUUAAGGGCAACCGGCUCUUCACCUGCCCUGAAGCCUGCGCCCUCUUCUUGCCCGUCAGCCACAUCCGCCUCCGACAGUGGUCCCGCACCCACGUCUACGAGGCACAGGAGCGAGCCCGGGAGCGAGACCACCAACGCCACAGCAACGGGCAACACGAGCGCCAGCAUCCUCAGCACCAGAGCCGUCACAUCAGUUUCCAGCACCAGAGCCCCAGCAGCCCCCCUGUCGGCAUCCUCGCCCGGACGGCGGAGUCAGCGCCCAUCACAGCACAGAACCAGGUGCAGGUCCGAGCUCCUGCGUCGCCUCCGCCGCUCCAUGUGGGACAGAGGGUAGUUUUCCCCAAGGAGGACAAAGUCUACGGGGGGGAGGUUCGCUUCUGUGGUCUGCUGCCCGGUCACUCCUCCUUAGGGAUGCACGUCGGAAUCCUGCUGGACGCUCCUGCCGGGCACUGGGACGGCCUCUAUAAAGGAGAGAAGCUCUGCCACAUUCCCUCUCUGCUCUACGGAGCAUUAGUGCCUAUCAACAAGGUUUCCUCAGAGCCGAAACCCCACCGUCACACCCCUCCACACCAAGUGACCAAAUCCAUCCUGAAGUCGGCGCCACCCCCCGUCAUCAAACCUGUCCCCCUGCCAGCCCCCCACUCUGCUCCCAAAGUCGCCCUGAUGCCCCCCGGCGGCAGACAGUUGGUUAAGGUUCCUCCGCUGCCGCCACCCAAACCCAACAACAAGCCGCUGCUUCCCCCUCUGCCCACUCCCAAACCCCGCAGCCCGACAUCUCACACCCCCACCGAGCAUCCCCAUCACACCAACGGCGUUCACCGCCCUCCCUCCCCACCGCUGAGUUCUCCGUUCAGCAGUGAGGCUGUGGAGGAGGACGGAGAAGCGGGGCUGGAUGGGGGGCUGGAGGUGGGCUCCAUGGUGGAAGUGAACGACCCGCCCCUUUUUGGGGUCAUUCGCUGGAUUGGUCGGAUCAGUGGGGUGGUGGAGCCGGUGGCAGGAAUUGAGCUGGACCAGGAUCUGUCUGCAGGGACGGACGGCAGUUACCUGGGUGAACGUCACUUCCGUUGCCCGGCCAACAAGGGGCUGUUUGUGAAGCUCCGCAACUGCAGGCGGGACUCCAGAUUCCCCGCCCCCGAGACACCUGUCAAUCAAGUGGAGCGAUGCAACUCCAUAGCGUUUGCAGAGUGGGGCAGUGAGCGGGUGGAGGAUCACUCCCCCCCUCUGGAGGGGGAGGAGGCCGCUGAGCUCUACCAGGGCUGGAAGAGAGGCAUUCAGGGACACCUCAAUUCUUGUUACCUGGACGCUACGCUGUUCAGCCUGUUCUCCUGCUGCAGUUCUGCAGACUGGGUUCUGUUGUUGCCCUCUGACCCUGACACCGACUCCAGUCAGGCUCAGGACCUGCUGCGCUGUGAGAUCGUCAACCCCCUCAGAAGGUAUGGCUACGUGUGUGCCAGUAAGACGAUGGCUCUGCGGCGACUGCUGGAGGCGGCAAACAUCAACAUGGGUUUCACCAACCAGGAGAAAGAUCCUGAAGAGUUCCUCAACAAGCUUUUCCAGCUCCUCCAAGUCGAGCCGCUCCUCAAGAUCAGAUCGAUGACUCAGCAGCCUCAGAAGUGUCACCUGUACCAGCUCUUCCCGCCUACACUUCCUCCCUCUCCCACCUCGCCCUUACCCAUCUCCCCCAUCGGCUCCCCCAUCCCUCUGGCCCCGCCCUCGCCCAGUCGGAUGAGAGUAGCCAGUGUCCAGACGCUGCUGGAGUCCUCCUUCCUCCAUGCAGGCCUCAAAUUCGUCGAGGCUCCCUCCUGCCUCUUGCUGCUCAUGCCUCGCUUUGGAAAGGACUACAAAAUGUUUGACGCCAUCCUCCCGACCCUCAGCCUGGACAUCACAGACCUGCUAGAUGACACUCUGAGGCAGUGCAGUAUCUGUCAGGCUGUGGCUGAGUGGGAGUGUUUCCAGUGUUACGAAGACCCCGACAUCACUCCCGGCCAUCUCAAACAGUACUGCCCCACCUGUAACACACAGGUUCAUAGUCACAGGAAUCGGGCGUCCCACCAUCCCAUAAAUAUUUCCGUCCCUGGGGGUCCUUGGACUGGCCCUCUGCAAAGCGCCCGGCAGCGGAUGUCUCUCUUCGCCGUGACGUGCAUCGAAACCAGCCAUUACGUUAGCUUCGUAAAGCACGGACCCCUCCCAACCGACUGGCUGUUUUUUGACAGCAUGGCAGACCGGGAAGGAGGGCAGAACGGCUUCAACAUCCCCCAUGUGAAGGCGUGUCCGGAGGUUGGCCGCUUCCUCAGCCUAUCAGAGCAGGAGCUGAGCAGAGUUGAUCCCGCCUCCAUCCGGGAGUCGGCCCGCCGCCUGCUGUGUGACUCCUACAUGUGUCUGUACCACAGCCCUGAUCUCAGCCUGUACAAGUGAAACACACACACACACAUGCACACUGAUCUGAGCAUGGAACAAAACAGUCUCUUUGCAAAAUAUUAACUUUUGAGUAAUGAUAAUGUGAGCCCUUGUUACUUUAUCCAGUCAAUUAUUUUUCUGGCUCUGUUCGCACUAUGCAGUAAAAUGCCUCUUCGAGAUUCAAGCCUCAGUUUGUGCCUCCAAUUUCCUGAAAAACAAAUACCCGGGGAUUCUACUUCCACCUAUGUAUGUUGUGUACAAUGUAACCUAAACUUAUACUGAUGUUACAGAAUGCAAUUCCUGGCUUCUUGGAUAGAAAACAAUUGAAGUGUUUUUUAAUCCAGAUGUUAAAAAGAGUGUUGACAGUGGAGUAUUUAUUUUUCAGCCAAUUGGACGCUUAGCUCUCUGUAAUUGGAAAAUGCAUUUAGUACCUUUUUCUGAACUUACAUGUUAAUAAUUUUGACUAAAACUGACUUUUCUCAGAACAGAUUUAUAUCUAAAAUGUACUAUGGGCUCAGUGUACUUGACAUAAGCAGUAUGAUCUAAUGUGCCUUAUGAACAAACAGCCUGUAGUUUCAGAGCACUUACUGUGUGUAUUUAAUGAUGCGUUAGUCUCAUGGGUGGCAGUACUGUAUUUUUACACCCGAGUUUACCUGUGCCUUAAUAUUUGCUGUUAAUAACUGCUGUGACUGUAUCAUAUAACACACUUUACAAUUUAAAUUUGCACUGCUUCAUUUACAUAUCAGUAUGUGUGUGUAUAUAUCAGCAUUGUCUUAUCCGACUGUAAAGAUUGCACAAAUAUGUUUAAAUGUUUGAAUUGUUUACAGGUUGUUUAAUAUAGUACAACCACAAACAAUGGGGACAUUGUCCAGAAAAAUAAAUGCUUUCAUGCUAUUCUA